AUGUCGCUUGACUGGGUGAAUCAGCCGCUGGCAGCACUCGAACCAUUGGACAACGUACUGCUCAAUGGACCUCAGUCAUCUUUUCAGAGUAGUUUGGAAGAAGACCUAUCUCCAACAGAUUUGGGUGUGCUGCACGACCACUACUUUGAAUCCGUCUACCCUUCCUUCCCGUUCGUGAACAGAGACAGGUUCAUGGCAGAUUCAACGGGUGGUGGCAGCCCUGCAAUGUGCGCCUUGAUCUAUGCCGUUGCCCUUGCUGGUUGCGCCCACUCCUCUGAAGAUCCAAACCGACAGCUGAUGUGCUACAAUCUAGCACGUGAACACGCUGAACGAUGUGAACGAGAAAAUCUUCUAAACGACUUGAACUUCCUCCAGGCUUUAUUACUUGUAGGCCGUUUCGAGGCUAUGAGUCGGAAGCUGGAGAGGAGCUGGCUGACGCUGGGACGCGCCGCCAUGCUCUGUAGGCUUCUCGAGUUACACCGAAUGGAUGAAAACGUGCAUAGGCAAGGAAUGCAGAAUGGAGAGACUCGAGGUAGCUCCCUAUUGAGCUUUUCGCAUACAGAAGAUCCGGUGCUGUUGGAGGAACGACGUCGGACAUUCUGGGCCUUAUACAUAUUGCAAAGCUACAUGAAAACACGGACUGGCUGGGAGUGUCAGUUAGGAGACGUCAAGAACUUUCGAAUCAACCUGCCAGCGCCAGGGUCGUUGAGAUCUGAUCUACAACCUCCCAAGAUCGAUGACUUCUUUACCAUCCUCAAACCUCAUCUUAAUGCCACAUCCAUUCGCGAGGAUCCAAUAGCCUUCAGCCUCUACAUGAACCUGCGCGCUACUGAAAUCUUUUUACAUGAUUCCGCUAUCACAAAGAACGAAGAGCAAGCACUCCCGUCAUUUAUGAUUACCGAGAGCCAAAAACGUGCUACCGCUGCUGCUUUCCAAAUAUGCAACGCGGCCAUCUUUAUCGCUUGGCCUUUGACCAUGGCACUAAAGGCGCUGUAUCGCGAAUUUGUACAUGGAGAACUCCACAAGACUACAAACGGUGUCGUGGUCUCAUCCAAGCUACUUUUCGCAGCUCUAGAUCAUAUUGAGGAAUUGGACGGAUACUGGCACAAAUCUGUGACCCAUGUUGGGGCAAAGCUACAGGAGUGGGAAGAGAAUAAUGACUUCGAAUUGUCAGCUCUAUAA